AUGAUAUUUUCAUGGAAUUAUCGUUUGAGAGCUUAUACCUGGUCACCAGUAGGUGACCUGUACCAUCCGGUCACCACUCAGUACCUUUCACGAACCAUCACUGCUAAAGGGUUUCAUGCAUUCGAGAAGGUAAGGUGGGGUAGAAAGAUGGCUUCUACUUCUGGAACUAAUAAGUGUAAAGGGUGUAAGCUCUCUGAGAAGACAUACCUUCCAGACUCUGACUUUGAUGAUGAUGCAUUUGACUUUAUCUUAUUGGGUUUUUCUAAAGAAACUUUCAAAGACCCCUUAAAACUAUGUGAUGAUCAUUUUCUUAACUUAUUGUGUGGCAAAAACAUAUUAAGGAGGAGUAUUAAUGGAAUGGUAGAUGAUGGAGACAUUCCUGGUGUCCAAAAAAAUGAGCAUGCCCACCUAGAUGAGUAUGAUGAAGAUGUUGCUGUGGAGUAUAGGAUGCAUGAUCCCAAUGUUGAUUGGAAAGAGAUGAGGCCCUGA